CGAAUAGCGAUGCAGGCAGGCUUGGUGUGUCAGACACAUCUGAUUUGUACAGAAAUCGAGGAAAGACAUUGACAGACAGAGAGAACCUAUGGAUUCUCAGCAGCGGCGGCGGCGGCGGCGUUUGGCGGCGCUGAUUUCUUCAUUGGUCGCUGAAAUCCUCUCUCUCCUCCUCCUCCUUUUCCCUCCUUCUUCUAACCCUCUUUCCAUCACGGAUUGCAUCGCAAACGGUGGAGUUCCAGUUUCCGAUCAACACGACGUCGUUCUCCCUCUCCUCCUCCAUUUUCUCUCCACCUCUGAAAUUGCCUCCACCCUCUCCCUCCAUUCUCUUUCCAAGAAACGCAAGCGUGCCCGUUUGUCGGAGCCCGACCCGGAAUCAACGCUGUGUCAACUCGUCCGGGUGGAAUCGGUGAAGCGCCGGAACCCGGACUCGUUUAAGCACUUCUUUAAUAUGAAUUCCUCCACCUUCGAGUGGCUGUGUGGGCUCUUAGAGCCGCUGCUGGAGUGCCGCGACCCAGUUGACUCACCUCUCAACCUCGACGCCGAGACCAGGCUCGGAAUCGGGCUCUUCCGCCUCGCCAGCGGCGCGGAUUUCCGGGAAAUCUCUAACCAAUUCCGGGUCUCCGUCUCCGCAUCCAAAUUCUGCGUCAAACAGCUCUGCCGGGUGCUCUGCACCAAUUUCCGAUUCUGGGUCGGGUUCCCCAGCCCGAACGAGCUCCAGUCCGUGUCAACUCAGUUCGAAACCCUCACCGGAAUGCCCAAUUGCUGCGGAGUUAUCCAAUGCGCCAGGUUCAAGAUCAGAAGAAACAAUGAAGAAGACACCAUAGCAGCUCAAAUCGUUGUGGACUCAUCCUCGAGAAUUCUAAGUAUCAUAGCGGGAUUUCGCGGCCAAAAGGGGGAUUCCCAGAUCCUAAAGUCUUCAACUUUAUACAAAGAUAUAGAAAACGGGGGAUUAUUGAAUUCCCAGCCGAUGUAUAUAAAUGGAGUGGCUGUUCCCCAGUACUUCGCCGGUGAAGGAUCCUACCCUUUACUCCCAUGGCUAAUGCUACCUUUCCCUUGCAGUGUGCCCGGCUCGAAUGAAGGGAAUUUCAACAAUGCCCAUCGUAUUACGCUCUUAUCAGCCAUUAAAGCCAUUGCAAGCUUGAGGAACUGGGGUGUCUUGAACAGCUCAAUUGAGGCAGAGGAUAAGAUUGCAGUUGCAUAUAUUGGGGCUUGCUCAAUUUUGCAUAAUAUGCUACUUAUGAGGGAGGAUUUCUCAGCUUUUAUCGACGAGCAUUCUUUGCAGUAUUGUCAGACCUCUCAGUUUCCUGAAGAGAGUUCUCCCCAGAAUAUGGCAUUGGCAUCUGCUAUAAGAGCUGCAUUGGCCACAAAACUUAGUCGAGGCCGCAAUGAAAUGGAGUGAGAAAAGGAUACAUUCAACAAUUUUGAGCCAUUUUAGACUAUCCUGCAAGCAUUUCUUUGUUUCAAUUCACUUAGGGGAGCUGAUAUUAUUCAUCUUUUUUUCUGGAUUUUACAUUCAUGACCAUAGUUCCUAGUUUUCACAUUAACAUCUAUCUGAAUAUGAUACUAGAGCCACUCUGAUCUGAUGUGGUAGUUAUCUUCAUACUUCAUAGUAGUGGGAAUUGCAAUUAUACAUACAUACCCAGUACAGAAUUGAGAUAUAAAUUUUAUUUCCAUGUUUGCAAGUUGUACUCAUUGUUCUAACUCUAGUUCGUUACUGCAAUUUGUUUUCUUGGAAUUCUACUGCAA